AGGGACAGGUGGGGAAAGGUCCGGGUGCCUGGGCUCUGAGCGGGGUCUGACUCAAGGGGAGCAGCCGCUGUGAGUGUGGGGCCUGGAGCCUUCGCCUCCCCCCCUGGCCCACUGCCGGGCCCGCGCGCGAGGCCCCUGCCGGCUCCCUUCCCCAGCCAGGCCCGGCGUGUCCCGGCUGCUCGCACUCAAAAGACCCGAAGACCUUGGGUGAUUUUUGUCCCGGGUUGGCAAUUUGGACUGGAGUGCCUUCAAGGUGGAGGCCUGAGGAAGUUGUCAGGAGGUCCCUGUCCACUCCCCUCCGCUCACUCCUGCUGCUGCUUUCCUCCUCCUCCUGUCUUUCCUUCUCAGCCCUUUACGACACCUUCCCCCAUUGUUUUUGCGGAUGCUGAGCUCCUCUCUGGAGAGGUGCUCGGCCCGGUGGUACCCGGCACCACUUGCUGGCCUCAGGAGGAGGUUGCAUUCGCGACUCCGAACAUCCUCUCCCCAGAGAACUUCUUGAUAAUGAUGUGUGACCAUGGAGACAGAAGCCUCGCUCCCGAAGAUCGGGUGAGGGCUCUCUCCCAGAUGGGUAGCUCAGUGGAGAUAAAUGAAGACAUUCCGCCCCGUCGGUACUUCCGCUCUGGAGUCGAGAUGAUCCGAAUGGCAUCCAUUUACUCCGAGGAAGGCAACAUUGAACAUGCCUACAUUCUCUAUAACAAGUAUAUGACGCUCUUUAUUGAGAAACUACCAAAACAUCGAGAUUAUAAAUCGGCUGUUAUUCCUGAAAAGAAAGACACGUUAAAGAAAUUAAAUGAGAUUGCAUUUCCCAGAGCAGAACAGCUGAAGGCAGAGCUGUUAAAACGAUAUACCAAAGAAUACACAGAACAUAAUGAAGAAAAAAAGAAGGAAGCAGAAGAAUCUGCCCGGAACCGGGCCAUCCAGCAGGAGAUGGAAAAGGAAAGACAGAGGGUGGCACAACAGAAGAAGCAACAGUUGGAGCAGGAACAGUUCCAUGCCUUUGAGGAGAUGAUCCGGAACCAAGAACUAGAAAAAGAGCGGCUGAAAAUUGUACAGGAGUUUGGGAAGGUGGACCCUGGCCUAGGCGGCCCACUGGUGCCUGACUUGGAGAAGCCCGCCCUAGAUGUGUCCCCCAUGGCACCUGUUGCAUCCACACAGCCUUUAGACUAUAAUACAACUGUGAAGCCUGCCAAGCCACCUGUGGUGGACAGGUCCUUGAAACCUGGAACAUUGAACAACUCAGAAACUCCUACAAUUGGUGGGCUGCGCCACAUGGUGGUGCCCGGGAGGCUCUGCCCACAGUUUCUCCAGCUCGCCAGCGCCAACACUGCACGGGGAGUAGAGACGUGUGGAAUUCUCUGUGGAAAACUGAUGAGGAAUGAAUUUACCAUCACCCACGUUCUCAUCCCCAAGCAAAGUGCUGGGUCCGAUUAUUGCAACACGGAGAACGAAGAAGAGCUUUUCCUCAUACAGGACCAGCUAGGCCUCAUCACGCUGGGCUGGAUUCAUACUCAUCCCACACAGACUGCCUUCCUCUCCAGUGUUGACCUACACACUCACUGCUCCUAUCAGUUGAUGUUGCCGGAGUCAAUAGCCAUUGUUUGCUCCCCUAAAUUCCAGGAAACUGGAUUCUUUAAACUAACUGACCAUGGACUAGAGGAGAUUUCUUCCUGUCGCCAGAAAGGAUUUCAUCCACACAGCAAGGAUCCACCACUCUUCUGUAGCUGCAGCCAUGUGACUGUUGUGGACAGAGCAGUGACCAUCACAGACCUGCGAUGAGAUUUGACCCCAACACCUGUCAAGAACUAUAAUACCACAUCAGUGUACUGUAGCCCCUUAAUUUAAACUUUCCAUAAAGCUCUGGAAGCUUUUUUAGGCAGAAUAGAAAGUGAGUAUCACCUGGGAGAGAACUCUUUCUAUUUCUGGUUUGAAAAGAAAUAUUUGGAUAUAUAUUUUUAGGCAAGUCUGGAAAAUAGCAUGAUCAUGCUAAAGCAACUUUUCAGUCUGCCUGUGACUAAGAAAUUAAUUCGAAAGAAGGGUAUAAUGAACACUAAUAUACUCUUUGUUCUAGAUUCACCGAUUGUUAACAUUUUUUUUCUUUAAGCUCUCCUAAUUUCUCUGCCAACUUGUUUAUUUUUUACCUUUGGACGAAUUAAGGGCAUCUUUGCAGAAAUUUGGAAGCCAUUCAGAAAAUCUCUGGGUUUUCCUGUGGUUUAUGGCAAUGUUAAUAAAGUUUAUUAUGAGAGCCAGGGACAGCUCACUAUGUCUGGCCAGAUGGUGAGCUUGACAACCCUGAAGGGUGAUUUUGUUGGGAAUUACUAAUACGUUAUUUAACAAAUAUUUCAGGAUAUUUUUUCCUCUACAAUAAAAAGCAAUUAACUUA